UAGACUACUUAACCCGCCCACUGUUGAGCCCAGCCUACUAAGUCAAAGUCAAUCUGGACUAUAUAAUAGCAGCUCAACAGCUAAACACUGGGGAAAGUUUAAAGAUCAACGCAAUGCAAGUGACGAUUUCGGAGGGACAGUCAUCAACAAUGCAUAGCUUCAACAACAGACCUCAGUUUGGUCGCUGGCUGAUACAGCAAGUUAAUAGUGGGCGGUAUGAAGGCUUAUGUUGGCUCGAUGAUCAGAGAACAACUUUCCGGAUCCCAUGGAAGCACAACUCCAGGAAAGACUGUAACGAUGGAGAUAACAUGAUAUUUAAGGAAUGGGCCAUCGUCAGUGGGAAAAUUUACGAGAAUCCGAAUGACAAAGCCAAGUGGAAGACAAAUUUUCGCUGCGCGCUUUCCAGCCUCAAAACCCAGUUCAAACAGUUGCAUGACCACUCCAAAGAGUCAGACGACCCACAUAAAGUGUAUCAGCUUGUCGCUCAACCUGAGUACAGAUGCAGCUACGAAAAUCUUCCGGUGAGUUAUCCCAUGAUUGAGGACAUCUACACUGAAAACCCAGCGGAUUUCUCUCCUGAUGAUAUCGUGGCUGAUGAGCUGUGGAACCACAUGGUCACCCUAGAUCUGAACCCGCAGGCAGAUCUACAGCCUUGGGUUGAAGGCUAUCCUCCAAACAAUCAAGUUCUGCCAGAAAACUACCCUCUCCCACCUGUAGGCCUACCAGUGGAGCCUCCUCAGCAGAAUAACACACCUGUUGCAGUGGUAGAGCCAUACUAUCAAGCUUCUCUUUUGCCCCCCAUGGAAGAGCUGGAGAUCUCCAUACACUACCGCAGGAAAGAGGUGCUGAAGACGAGGGUGUCGGCACCUGUGGUCCAGCUCCACCACCAGCACGAGAUCGGCAACCUGAGUGGCCAGGCUGUGUGUUUCCCCAGCACAGAGGGCCUCCUGGACCACAAGCAGAUCAUGUACACCAAUCGUCUUCUGGAGAGCAUCCAGAUGGGUCUACUGCUGGAGGUGAAUCACACGGGCAUCUACGGGACCCGCCAAGACAUCCCCUGCAAGGUGUUCGUCAGCACCAGUAAUCCUGCCGAGAGCCAGGCCGAGGAACCCAGGAAGCUGGUGAAGAACGAGCGGGAGCCACUGCUCAGUUUUGAGAAAUUUGGCAAAGACCUAAUGGAAUUUAAAGAGAACAAGCGGGGAUCUCCAGAUUACACCAUCUACCUGUGCUUCGGGGAGAAAUAUCCAGAUGUAAAGCCCCUGGAGAAGAAACUCAUUGUUGUCAAGGUGGUGCCGCUGAUCUGUCGUGAAUUUCACGAGCGCGCUCAGAUGGAAGGAGCCUCCUCACUCAACUCUGGCGUCAGCCUGCAGAUCUCCCAUAACAGCCUGUUUGACCUCAUCAACUCCACCUUCAGCCUUCCUAUGCAAGAGUGACCUGACUCGAAGGUCCACUCCAGACCCUUUUGGACCAAUCUCAUGCCAUCUUCCACCAUGCUUCUUGUAUUAACAAAUGAUUAUGAGGGCUAUUUUCAAUAUAUGAAAUAUCUAAAAAGAUUUUAGAUUAAAAAAAAAAAACCUUCACUCCACUGUCUUGUCACUGUAGUCUCACAGCAGCUGUUCUAUCAUAAUCAAUCAUAUUUCACAUACUAUAAGUAAUAUACACAUGGAUACAUAUUAGAAAAUGUUACAUUGUGACCUUGUGUCCACUCCAUAGAUGUCAGACUAAUGUUAAUCAGCUGAUCAAUUAUGCAAGGGGUGUGCAAUGUUUAUUGCAUGCUAGAAGUGUUUCUAUGACCUUUGUAAUUAUAAUAAUUAUAAUGUUCUCUUUUGAAGAAUUUCCUCUUUACCCUAUGGGUUGUAAAUAUUUUUUUACUUUUCAAUCUCUGUUGUUUUUUAUAAGACCUCUGUUUUUUUUUUUUUUAAUAUAUAUAGUUAUUUGAAAAUGUCUGAUGUGAUAAACACAUUCCACAUUUUUUCUGCCUAUUUUUCUUUAUCUACCGAGUCUCACGUGUUAAGCUGUGUAACAUAUCAUCUGACCUCUGUCAGUUCCUCAUUGGCUCUCAUGUGGUUGUGUUUUUAGCACUGGCAGAACAAUAAAGAUGGAGAAGUAUGA